AUGAACUCGACAAAUACACGUCAACUGAACGAAAAUAACGAGUUGAUGAGACGUUGUGAAGAGUUGAACGAACAGAUCCAAACAACGUCCACCAUCAAAGCGCAACUCAUCCAAGAGCUCGACUCGUUCAAACGACAAACAGCUAAAGAGCUCCGAGACAAACAGAUAUUCUCAACGCAAUCGAAGAGUCUUCAAAUGGAAUUGGAUCAGCUGCGUAGUACGUUAGACGAUGAAGUCGCAGCGAAAACUGAUUUGCUAAGACAACUGAAUAAGGCGAAUUUGGAAAUUGAACAAUGGCGAAGUAAAUUUGAAGAUGCCAAUUUGGUGCCAUCGGAUUCAUUGGAUGAAGCAAUCAAGAAGAUCACUCCAAGAAUGGUUGAACUGGAAGAGGCGAUCGAUUCAGCGAACUCGCGAGUGACGGCUCUCGAAAGAGUCCGCUCUCAGAUGAGUGCAGAUGCUGAUGAGGCACGCAAACAGGCUGAGCGUAAUGCAACAAUAGUGGAGCAAUUGGACAAGAAACAGAAAGCCUUCGACAAAACCAUCGAAGAAUGGAAACGAAAAGUGGAUGAUGCGAAUCAAGAGUUGCAAAUGGCACAGAAAGAAUCCAGAACGCUAUCAGCGGAUCUGUUCUCGGAACAAUCAAUCAACGAUAAUUUCCAGAUGCAAGUGGAUGGGUUGAGACGAGAAAGUGACACCUUGAACCAACAAAUUCACGAUCUGCAAUCACAGUUGAUGGACGGUUCGAAGAAUGUACACGAAAUGAGUUCAAGGGUCAAACGAUUGGAGACAGAAAAAGAUGAGCUACAACGUGCGCUCGAUGAAGCUGAAGCUGCAGUUGAGGCUGAGGAAACUAAAGUUUCGAGAUCGCAGAUUGAACUGAAUCAAAUUCGGGCCGAAAUCGAGAAGCGUUUAUUGCAAAAAGACGAAGAAUUCGAUAAUGUUCGUAAAAAUCAUCAACGUGCAAUCGAAUCUGCACAGGCAAGCGAGCACAUCCACUUCCUUUCAAAUUGUUUCGUGCAGCUUUUUCCACUUCAUGCUUCGACCGAUCUUCAUCUGAUCAUUGGAGGAAGUCUUUUUUGCUUAUGA